ACACGCCCGCCGCAAGCAGCUAAUUCCGACCCGUCCCUUCUCCGCAAGCAGUCCCUUAGGCUGCACAUUCCCGCGACCGCCUCGGUACCAUCGCCUGGUGCGACUGCGAUAGGCCCGCCUUCACCUUAUUCCGCCCACCACCAACCCUCUCAAAUUCCCCCGCAACCGCAACCACCUUUUCUCCAAAACACCACCUACACACACGCACCCCAAAAACCAACACAAUGGCUGAAGUCGCCGCAUCCGCAAACAGCAACCAACAGGUUCCGCUCGACACGAUUCCCAUCUCGCCUACCGGCAACUCUGCAGAGGGUGAACAGUCCAGCAGCAACGCAGCAAAUGAGGGCGAGAUCCGCACUGUCUUCCAUGACCCAGAGAACUUCAACGUCAAGCACCCGCUCAUGAACACAUGGACACUGUGGUUCACCAAGCCCCCGAGCGGCAAGGGCGACAACUGGGCUGAACUGCUCAAGGAGGUCAUCUCAUUUGACUCAGUCGAGGAGUUCUGGGGCAUCUACAACAACAUUACUCCAACAUCCGACCUGGCACUCAAGUCCGAUUACCAUCUUUUCAAGAAGGGCGUACGUCCCGAGUGGGAAGACUCGCAGAACAAGCACGGUGGCAAGUGGGCUUUCCAGUUCAAGGACAAGAAGGCAAUCAACAUUGAUGCGCUCUGGCUGCACGUCAUGCUGGCCGCCAUUGGCGAGAACCUUGAGGAUGAGGAUGAUAACGAAGUCAUGGGUGUUGUCGUCAACGUUAGACGAGGCUUCUACCGUAUUGGUCUCUGGACACGCUCAGUCGGCCGUGCUAUUCCCGGUGAUGGAGGCAAGGGAAGGACCCAGGAGCAGGGCAAGGAGGUCCUUCUCAAGAUUGGCAGGCGAUUCAAGCAGGCGCUACAGCUCAAGGACAAUGAUGUCGUCGAAUUCUCUGGGCACACCGAUGCUGCUCACGCCGGUAGUACUCGCGCAAAAGCCAAAUUCAGCGUCUAAAGCUUUGGCUACAUUUCCAGGCAUGCAGCAUCACGGCUGAUGCUUGUAAUAUCCUCCUUCGUCGGCGGACAUAUUACGCACUCCACGUUCGGACUGCAUUUCCACACUUUGUUCACUGUUUGGUCCAAAAAAACAUCUCACUAUCGGUUGGUAGGGACCGAGUUUCUAGCAUGGCGUCCGCAUGGGAUUGCGAAGGGUGAUAUCAGGUUCUUUAUAUGAAUCAUACGGCCAUGGCGGGUACACCUUGAUGGGGUGAAGGGUUCUGGGCUUGUAUAGAAAAACUCUAGUAUCUGACAUAUCUAUGAAGAAGAGAAUAGACGCACUUUUCAAUA